UCUCUUUCGUCCCUCUAUAUAAACUUUUUUUUGGAACCAACUUGUGGUUCUCCACAACAGAGAGAUCUAGAGAGAGAGAGAGAGAAACGCAACCUCAUAUCAUAUAGGAGUUGAAAGAUACUGAUCGAUCAUCAAACACGAUGUCAUACUCUAAAAGGUCAAGGUAUUAUCGCUCUCCUUCCCCAUACGGGCGGUACAGUAGGUCUGUCUCAAGGUCGGUGUCUAGAUCAAGGUCAAUAUCAAGGAGCCGAUCAAGGAGCCGUGAGUCGAGUGUUGAGAAUCCUGGGAACAACCUCUAUGUGACGGGAUUAUCAGCGCGGGUCACAAAGAGAGACCUUGAGAAGCAUUUCUUAGCGGAGGGAAAGGUGGAGGAUGUUCAUCUCGUUGUUGAUCCAUGGACAAGGGAAUCUCGUGGAUUUGGUUUUGUGACAAUGUCCACUGUUGAAGAGGCCAAUCGUUGUGUCAAAUAUUUGAGUCGAUCUGUUCUGGAAGGCCGUGUCAUUAUGGUGGAGAAGGCUAGGAGGCGGAGAGGCCGAACACCUACUCCAGGAAGGUAUCUUGGCCUGAGAACAAUCCAUGUGCGACGUGGAUCUCCAAGUUACUCUCCCUAUCAUAGGAGCCGUUCUCCGCGAUACUCGUCUGAGCGAGAUAGAAGCAGAUCUUACUCUCCUUACUACUACAGGAGGAGAUCUUACUCGCCUCACUAUGACCGCUACAGCCGGAGGUCUUACUCACGAUCUUGCUCCCCUUUCAGCAGGUCACCGGUUAGGAGACAUGAUCGGUCCUACUCUCGUUAUGACUCCAGGUACUAUUCACCAGAAGACUGCUACUACAGGAGACGCCGCCAUCAAUCUGUCUCUCGGAGCAUUUCACCAAGGGUGAGGAGGAGCUAUUCAAACAGUGUGUCACCUGGGCCAAGGAGGAGAAGUUCAAGGAAGAGCUACUCGCGCAGUGUUUCACCAAGGCGCAGGAGGAGAAGCUACUCUCGGAGCAUUUCCCCCGUACCAAGGAGGAACUCAAGGAGGAGUAUUUCUCGGGACAGCUAUUGGAGGAGUCGGAGUGGGGGCCCACGGUCCAGAUCUGUUUCAAGGUCUGUUACUCCUUCUAGGUCAGCUUCACCUUCGGCCUGAAAGGUUUGAAAAUUACAUUCGUGAUUGUCGUAGCUGUCUGUGAAUAAGAACAGGUCGUAGUAGUAGACGACUAGUAGUAGUAGUUGUAUUUUGAACUACUGUUAUUGGGAGCUUUUUCAGUCUAGCAGACCACCUGUUUUAUAUUUUAUUUGUUAUGCUGUUGAUGAUAUCUUGUUUUAUGCU